AUGCUAAGAGUCUUGGGCAAUAUGUCCAUGGAAUUAAGGUAGGCACUUGGAAUAUAUUCUUUGGAAACUAAUUUGUGUAUAAAUUAAUUUAAAUUAAGUGGCAAAGGUGCUUAUAAUGAAGAGGGAAAAAAGUAUGGGGAUUGGAUUAAAUUAUCCAAUUAUUCUUAAUUUGAUAAAAGGAAUUUGAAUGGCAAUCCUAUAUUACAUAAAUUAGUUACUUUUGUUGGAGAAUAUACUAAUGGUAAAAAGUCAGGAUAGUGGUAAAUCAAAUAAGGAAAUAUAAUAAUGUAAAUUUUAAAAUAAAUUUAUAAGUGGAGGUGGUUUAUACGAUGAUAUGGGUUAUAAAAAUGGAAAAUGGAAAGAAUUAAGCAACUUUAAAUUGUAUUAUAAUAUAUAAUCAAAUAAGACCAUUUUUUGUAAUUUAAAUAGGAGAAUAUAACAAAGGAUUUAAAUAAGGUAGAUGGGAAAUCUUAUUAAACAAAAAUUAAGGUUUAGAAAAAAUGUACAUAAUUAUUUCACCUAAUAUUUAGUGGUGGGGGUAUAUAUGAUACUUAAGGGAUGAAACAUGGAAAAUGGAUUUCUUUACAUGAUAAUUUUAAUCAGUAUAAAAAAUCAGUAUUUUAGUAAUUGUAAAGUCUUAGAUAUUGGAUAAUAUGAUCAUGGAAUUAAAUAAGGGAGAUGGGAUAUAAAGACUAUUAAAUACUAUGAGCAUGAUGUUCUCACAUAUUACUUUUGGCCUAAAGAUACAUUUUACAUAAUGUCUUAUUUUAUUUAAUAGUAUAUUAGAGCUGGCGGUAAUUACUAAAAUGGAGAAAAAAAUGGAAAAUGGAUUGACUUAGAUGAAAAUUAUAAUUAUCAUAAUCAAAUAUUAUAUGAAGGAGAAUUUUACAAAGAUUUAAAAUAAGGAAAAUGGGAUAUGAUGAAGCAUCAUAAUUCAUUUAUAAACAGAAUGUAAUUUAAUUUAACAUAAAUAGAGGUGGUGGUUAAUAUAAUUAAGAUGGAUUAAAACAUCUGAAGUGGAUUGAAUUGGAUAAAAAUAGAUAAAAGAAACUAAUACUUGUUGAAUACUAAAAUGGAAUUAAAAUAUGUAUUGAAAGCAUGUAAACAGUCAUUUGA